UCUGUUUGUGAAUGAAUGACGAUCCAAUGUCGGACGAAGGCCUGUCUUUUUUUGGGUGUUUUUUUCCAGUAUUUUGAAUGGACUUUGAAUGCCUUUUAUACCAUUCUUGGAACUAAAGUAUAAUUACAAGUACUUUGACAUCGACUGCAAAGAGCAGGUUUGGGCGUUUUAAAAAUAGCACACCUAUUUUACUUAAUAUUUUACCUAUUUUUCUCUGAAAUGUUGGUAUGCAUUGUGACUUCUGUUCGCUUGGUGUCACUGCUUGUGAGAUAUAAAAAAAUCUCAUUUCAAUACGUCAGCGGUUUGGUUUAUUGCGCUUGCGCGUCAGUGUGCGCUUCUUGAAUCGGGGCGUUUGUCUAACCCCUCAUUCGUUACCGUUGUCAGUAUUGGGUGUUGGAGUUAGCUAUUUGCUUUUUUUCCCCAAAUUUCUCCAGUUGUUUCCCCGCACGGACUCACAUUCGGACUGCUAACCGGUCGGGUAUGUCUCGAGGAGGACACGCGUCAUGGACGCAGCGCUUGCUGGUGGUCAUCUUUUGUUUGGAUCUCACGUUUAAUUUCACCAUGGCGCAGCUGCGGUACUCUAUUCCCGAAAAGGGGGUGGAUAACGCCGUUGUUGGGAAUGUUGCAAAAGAUUUAGGGUUGGACGUGAGCGGCCUGAAGGCCCGAGGAUUCCGCGUCGUUUCCGGGCCGACUGAACCUCUGUUUGGACUGAAUAACGGCGUGUUAAGGGUGAUGAGGAAAAUAGACAGAGAGGAAGUCUGUGAACGAAUCAGCCCCUGUGUUGUUAAUAUUAAGAUCGUUGUGGAGAACCCCUUGGAAGUGCAUUAUGUCGCCAUUGAGAUUUUGGACGUGAACGACCACUCUCCCACCUUCCCCGACAACGAGACCCGUUUGGAGAUAUCGGAAUCUGCUCUGCCUGGUGCGCGCUUUCAGCUGCAGAGCGCCCACGACCCAGACAGCGACGCGUUUUCAGUUCACUCGUACAGAAUCAGCGAAAAUGAGCAUUUUCGGUUGGAAGUUAAAGACCGAGGGGAAGACGGGAAAAUCCCCGUUUUGUAUUUACACAAGGCGCUGGACAAAGAAAGUGCUCGGAGUCAUAAACUGCUGCUGACAGCACUCGACGGAGGGAAGCCAGCGAGGUCAGGAACCACGGCGAUUUUAAUUAAUGUCUUAGAUGUAAACGACAACAUGCCGGUUUUUACCUCCGACACAUAUUCCGCAGUGCUUAAGGAAAAUGCGCCAAUUGGUACAACUAUCUUGCAAGUAAACGCGACGGAUUUAGAUGACGGUCCCAAUGGCGAGGUGGUGUACUCCUUUGGGAAUAAUGUAAACAGUAAAUUACGCAAGGUUUUUGAUGUUGAUGCCGUUACUGGAGAAAUUACGGUUAAAGGUUCAAUAGAUUUUGAAGCAAAAGACAAGUAUGAAAUUGAUAUCAAAGCAUCCGAUAAAGGACCAGUUCCCCUAGAAACAGAGAAAAGUGUGAUAAUAUCUAUUAUGGACUUAAAUGAUAAUACACCCGAAAUUGAAGUAACAUCCUUUUCAAGUGCUAUUGCAGAGAACUCCAAACCUGGGACCACUGUAGCCCUGAUAAGUGUAAACGAUAAAGACUCGGGUGUCAAUGGAAAGAUCACAUGUCAUGUGAGGGGUGACAUACCUUUCAUGCUAACACCCUCUUUACAAGAUAAUAUGUUCUCUCUUAUCACCAAAUCGCAUCUGGACCGAGAGCAUCAGGCCAAAUAUGAUGUGACAAUAGUUGCAAAAGAUGCUGGGGAACCACCUUUGUCAUCUCACAAAACAAUUAGUGUAACUGUGUCAGAUGUAAAUGAUAACAGUCCAGAGUUUUCAAGUAAUCUGUAUACUUUCUACAUCAACGAAAACAAUAUUGCGGGGGGCUUUUUGUUUUCAGUCAGUGCUCAUGAUAGUGAUGAGGGGCAGAAUGCUGUCAUAUCAUUUGACAUUGGGAGAAAUGGGGAUGAACACAAAAUAAUGACUUCCUUCCUGAGCAUUAACUCUGAAAAUGGACACAUUUCAGCCCUGAAAAGCUUUGACUUUGAAACGCUGAAAAGUUUCCAAUUCCAAGUGGUGGCCGCCGAUGGUGGAAGUCCUCCACUGAGCAGCAACGUGACAGUGAAGGUUUUCAUUCUGGAUCAGAACGACAACGCUCCAGUCAUCCUGUAUCCAGUCAGCUCCAACGGUUCUGCCGAAGGCGUGGAGGAAAUUCCCCGGAAUCUCAAAGCAGGAGACUUGGUGACUAAAGUCCGAGCCUAUGAUGCUGAUAUUGGAUAUAACGGCUGGUUGCUCUUUUCGCUGCAGCAAGUGAGCGACCACAGCCUGUUUUCUUUGGACCGCUACACGGGCCAGAUCCGAACACUUCGCUCCUUCACGGAGACGGACGAGGCUGAGCAUCGACUGCUCAUCCUGGUCAAAGACAACGGCAACGUGUCGCUCUCGGCAACAGCCACUGUGACCGUCAAGCUCGUGGAGCCCAAAGAGGCUUUUGCGGCUUCUGACAUCAAAAGUGCAGCAAAAGUGGACGAGGAGGACAACGUGACUUUUUAUCUCAUCGUCACUUUGGGCUCGGUUUCGCUCCUUUUUGUCAUCAGCAUCAUCGUGCUGAUCGCCAUGCAGUGCUCCAAAUCCACAGAGUACACUUCCAAAUAUCUGCAAGACGCCAAUUAUGAUGGCACGCUGUGUCACAGCAUCCAGUACAGAUCAGGAGACAAGCGCUACAUGCUAGUCGGACCCAGAAUGAGUAUCGGUUCCACCGUAGUCCCGGGCAGCCACGCCAACACUCUGGUGCUCCCUGACAGGAGACACACUUCGGGGGAGGUAUGA